AUGACAGAUGGAAACCUCGAAACAUACAGUCUGAUUUGGCUUGAUGCUUCUGUGAUUGAUUCAAAAGAAAAUAUCGAUGCUCAACAACAACUGCGUUCAUUGAUUAAUCACUUGAAAGUCUUUGAACAAGUUGACGAAUGUGAACAAUAUAUUCGAUCUGUUUCUUCACAAGAUCGCAUUGUAUUGAUUGUAAGCGGCCGAUUGGGUCAACAAAUAGUGCCUCGUAUUAAUCAACUUCGACAAGUAUCAUCUAUAUAUGUUUACUGUACGGAUAAAAAGAAAAAUGAACAAUGGGCAAAGGAAUUUGCAAAGGUCACUGGUGUUAUCACGCAGCUAGAUGAACUCAUAAGUCAGAUUAAAUUGGAUCAAGCGAAAAAAAUACACAGUAAAAUAGAUGAACCAAUAUCAAUCAGCAUUUUUAAUACAAGUGUUAACCAUGGACAAUCGACGAGUGGACUUAAUGGUCAAUUUCUUCAUUCGCAGUUGUUGAUAGAUGCACUUCUUCGAAUGAAACCGACUUCAAAUGAUAAAAAUGAACUCAUUUCUGUGUGUCAAAAAGAAUACAAAGAUAACAAAACCGAAUUGAAUAUUCUUCGUGAGUUUCAACAAGAUUAUGUAUCCCAUCGAGCUCUAUGGUGGUAUACUCGAGAAUCAUUUCUCUAUCGAUUACUCAACAAAGCUCUUCGUACACAGAAUAUUGACCUACUUUUUCUAUUUCGAUUCUUUAUGCGCGAUAUUGAAGAACAACUUGUACAAUAUCAAUGUUCAUCACCUAUCUGUCUUUAUCGUGGUCAAUUGAUGUCGAACGAAGAAUUACAAACAUUAAAAAGUUCCAUUGGACAACUCAUUUCGAUGAAUUCAUUUCUUUCGACCAGUACCAAUCGUCAACUAGCCAUUUCUUUUCUUCAAUCAUCAUCAUCGACAGUUUCGGAUGAUUUGCAACAAGUCUUGUUCAAAAUCGAAGCUGAUCCUCAACUGAAAGGUAUCAAACCAUUUGCUAAUAUCACGUCAUUGAGUUAUUUUCCUGGUGAAGAUGAAGUAUUAAUGAUGUUAGGAUCGAUCUUUCGACUUUUCGAUAUUUAUCGUGGUGACGGUCAAAUAUGGAUUAUUCAUUUGAUUUUGUGCAGUGAAAAUGAUCACGAUUUGAAGCCAAUAUUUGAUCAUAUGCAAGCACGACUUGAAGCUGGAAAAACAAGUCUUUAUUCGUUUGGUCAAGUACUUCGCGAUAUGGGCAAAUUUGAUGAAGCCAUGAAAUACAUUCAUCGUUUUCUCAAUGGAUUACCUCGUAAUCAUCAAGAUAUUGCUCUUUGCUAUCAUGCACUUGGCGUAAUUGCUGAUGAGAAAGGUGAUUAUGAUUCAAGUCUUGAAUGGCAUCACAAGGCGUUAGACAGAUGGACACGAACACUAAAACCAAUGGAUCCUCGUCUAGGAGAUGCCUACAAUUGUCUUGCUGUUGUAUAUCGAAAAAAAGGUGAUUAUGUCCGAGCACUGGAUUUAUACGAGAAGGCCUUGAUAAUUCUCCGACAAGCAUUUAAUCAUGAUCAUUUGAAGAUUGCUAUGUGUUUAAAUAAUAUAGGUGUUGUCUAUUACGAACAAAAGCAGUAUUCACAAGCACUCGAUUAUUAUGAAAAAGCCUUAGCUAUAUGGCAAAGACAUCUUCCUGCUAAUCAUUCUCAUUUGGGUGCUGUAUAUAAUAACAUUGGAGAAGUUCAUCGAUAUCUUGGUCAAUAUGAUCUUGCAUUGAAAGUUCACAAUCUCUCACUUAAUAUCUAUGAAAAGUCUCUUUCUCCUCAACAUCCUGAUCUUGCAACAACGUACGAAAAUAUUGGUCUAGUUUAUGAACAAAAAGGUGACAUACGACAAGCACUAACAUAUUUAGAAAAAGCAGCAGCCAUCUUUCGUCAUGCACUACUUCCAACCAAUCCUGAUGUUAUUCGAAUUACACAAAACAUUGAGCGUGUCUUGUCAAAACAAACAUAG